AUGGCGCUGCUGGCCCCGGAGCAGGGCAUCCAAGUCGAUACCUCCGACGUCGAGAGCCUCUACGACGAAGAAUCCGUGCUCGAGUCGAGCAAGUCAAUUGUGAGCUCUGUAUACGACUACCUUUGGGAGAAUGGACGCCGAUACCAUGCAUACCGUCAGGGCCAGUAUCCCUUCCCCAACGACGAACGCGAACAGGACCGCCUCGACCUGAUGCAUUGCCUCUGGAAAGACCUGCUCAACGGCAGCCUGUACCGCGCACCACUCCACGAACUUGAAGUCCAGCGUAUCCUUGACUUUGGCACAGGCACAGCCAAUUGGGCCUUCGACGUCGCCGAACUGUUCCCACGCGCUGAAGUGCUCGGCACCGACCUGAGCCCGAUCCAGCCCAUCUGGUCACCGGCAAACUGCAAGUUCUUUGUCGACGAUGUCGAGAGCGAGUGGGCGUAUUCGUCGCUCGAGGCGUUUGAUUUCAUCCAUGGGCGUGCCAUGGGCGGUAGUGUCAGUGACUGGCCGCAGCUACUUCGCCGGAUUCAUACGCAUCUGAAGCCAGGUGGUUGGGUCGAACUGCAGGAGUUUGAGUGUAUGGUUACCUCGGACGAUGGUACGCAUCAGGGCGUCAACGAACUUCGUGACUGGUGUUCCACUGUCGACGAGGCCAGUGUUAGGUUUGGCAGGCAGAUUGGCGUCGCCGCGGUGCUGCGAGAGAAGCUUGAAAAUGCCGGGUUUGUCGACGUUGUCGAUGAUUUUUACAAGUGCCCCAUUGGCCCGUGGCCGCGCGACGAACGAUUGAAACAUAUCGGACGCGUGCAUCUGGCUUGUUGUCUUGAGGGCUUCGAGCCCUACUCGCUGGCACUCUUCACUCGUAUUCUCGGCUUUUCAUACGACAAGUUUCAGGCGUAUAUCCACGAUGUCAAAAAGGCUGCGUUGAACCCCGAUAAUCAUUUAUAUGUAGGUUUUCAUUUUGUCUAUGGCCGGAAACGGCGGUUGGACGAGACAUGUCAUGGCAUAAUGUGGCAGACAAAAGGGAGGCCGGCUGGCACCUCCAUCCUGACUUCAAGCAGCUUUGGCCGUAACAUCAACAUUGAAGUUUUACCCAAGAAAGCCGGCUGCAAACUGUGCAACAUCUGGUUCAGCCACCAAGGAAACGCAUGGCCUUCAAGAUUCAGAGCCCUGUAUCGCAGCCAAGAUGGGGAAAUCAAAUUGAGCGAGGUGGCGGCCCUCCGAGAAGAAGACAAGUGUAUGAUUCUCGAUGAAGAAAAUGGAGAAUGGAACACCGCGAACUUGGGCCUUCUCACCGGAGAGCAAUAUAAACCUGCAGCCAAUAAGAGCAACUGCUGCUAUCUAUUUCACGAGCUGUGCUGGGACCGUGUUAUUGACCAUUUUUGCCCGGAUGAACUCGACCUAGUUAGUCUACAUAAGGCGUUAUUGCAUUUUGCACUUAAAGGGAGAUCGAUCCACGGUCACUUCUAUCGACAAGCUGGCAAACUAGAAGUUUACUCAGAUGAAGAGUCUGACGGAGAUGACAAUUUUGAUCCUUUUCUUUUGAAACCCACCAUCAAACAGAUUAUGAGGCGUCGAAUCAAGAAGCCUCCAUUCCUUCGUCCCAAAAAUUCUAUCAAAGACUCUAUUGGAAAUUCGGUCAACAAAACCGAUCCCUUUGCGGCACUUCCAGCUGAGGUUCGCCAAAUACUCGCGAUUCAUCUCGCAACUCAGGACUUUUUUGCUUUGCGCAGUGCCUCUAGAUCAAUAGCACCACUCUUUGAAAGUACAACUUUCUGGCAAUCCCGGUUUUUCAUCGGCGGAGAGUACGGAUAUCUUUAUCAUGCGAUUCGAGAAUUCACCAGCGUCAAAAGGAAUGACAAACUUGACUGGCGAGGACUCUAUAUUCGUAUGCAAAAGCUAGAGUAUACUCCGCAGCUUGAUUUCCAGGCAUGUGUGUGGGACUCUCUAAGACAGUUGAAAAGUGCAACUAGGGAAUUCCGGUCUAGCACCGCUAAGGUGUCACAGUGCGGACAUUACCAUAACUAUCCCAUUUCAUGUGUAAAGAACACGCACAAGGAGUCGAUCAAGUUUGGUCAAGCUGAAAAGUUGCGUUGUGUUGAAAUUUCAAUGGUCAAGAUCGGAUAUGAAGCAUAUGUCACCGGACUAAUAUUUAUAUUCGAUGAUCAGAAGUCAGUCUGGAUCGGUCAUUUAUUACCCGGGAUAGAGAACAGCAAUCCAUGGCUUCCGGGGACUUUAGCGUUCACUUCACAUUUCGCAUACCCUGGACAUUGCGUGGUGAGUGCACAUAUGGAUAACUUUCUUGGCCUCAGUUUCUGUAAGGAUAGCAAUGGCAUCCACUCGAUGACUAUCAUCAACCGCGACGACCGUCCGCGAUGUAUCGCUUCCUGCUUGCAGAAUACAACGGCCAAUAGCACAGACCUAAUUCUCGAUAAAGUUACUGAGAUCAUUGUCACAUUGGAUCAUUGCAAGGUUAUCGACCUGGAAAUUCGCGGCCCUGCUGGGAAACCGAAGAAGGAUGAGGAAAUAAGUAUU